UUGCCAAGCAUUAGUUUACUGAACGCCCACUCUCUACUGUCCUUGACUCCUUUCUCCUCUUCCCUCCUCUUCUGCUGCUACUGGAAACCCUACUCUUUUUCCACACCCAGAUCCCGAUCUCCUCUCUGUUGACAUUCAAUUCUCGCGAAUCCGCUGGUUGUUCGGCUGAUCGAUCGCUCAUCUAUGUAAUUCCUAUAUUUGAUAGUUUGAUGGUGACUCAGCUGGUUGGAUAUCAGGUUGUAAAUCUAUUGCAAGGUAUGGAGGCUGAGUUUUGCUCUGUCAGGACAACCCUAUCUCCUUCACAGUAUGAAAGUGGGGAUGAAGAGCUUUCUGUGCUUCCCAGGCACACUAAAGUCAUUGUAACUGGAAACAACAGAACUAAGUCUGUCUUAGUUGGACUUCAAGGUGUUGUGAAGAAGGCAGUAGGUCUUGGUGGCUGGCAUUGGUUGGUUCUAAAGAAUGGGGUAGAAGUGAAACUGCAAAGAAAUGCAUUGAGCGUCUUGGAAGCUCCUACUGGAAAUGAAGAUGACGAUGACAUCGAAUAUGAUAAUUCAUUCUGCAGUAGUUCAGAUGUGGGACACAAAGAAAUCUAUUACCCUAGCUUAGAUUUACAUAAGCCCACAAAGCCAAGGGUUCGGCAUACCAAACCAUGGACAUCUUUCGUAAAGUCAAAUCGUCAAAGCAGUUAUCAAGACUCUCAUACUAAUGGCCAUAAAUAUCAAAUGAGACUUAACUUGGCUAAGCUUGGGACGCCGACCUUACGGAAAUACUGGAGGCACUUCAAUCUCGUAAACAUCAACCCCAACCCAACAAAGGAACAAUUGAUUCUUGGGGUACAAAAUCAUCUCCUAUCCCAGCAAUUGGAUGAGAUGCAGGUGAUCAUGGGCUUCAUCCACUCUGCCAAAAGAUUGAAAACAGUCAACCCAUGAGAGGAACAAGGUGCAUGGUGCGGUUGGAUAUAAGGUAAAAUAUGAAGCAGAUCUGGUGAAACAGAAGCGACUUAACCAAUCUGAGUCAUAUGCCAUCAAACCAGUUCUACUUCUACAGAGGGAAUUUCACUAUACAAAACCAUGCCACUUGAUGGUUGGUUUUGUAUCCUAGUUAAAAUAUACAUAUAUCUAUAAAUUUGUAUUGUUUCAUUGAGCAAUGGAAAGGACAUCUUGGUUGUGGUGGUGGGGACAGACUGCUCAAAGGAUGAGUCAGAAAAGGUAUAUAACCCCUCCGGCUUUGCAGUGGAAAAUGUGUCAUGUGAUCUUGCCUUUUAACUCCAGCGCACUUGAUAAUUAGAGGAUAAAAUUAUGUAAAGUUACAUUUAAAUAAUUAAUUGAUGCUAAAGUAUCUUUGAGUAA